GAGAGAGAGAAAGAAAGAUAUAUAUAUAUUUAUAUAUAUAUAUAUAUAGAUAUAUAUAUAUAUAUAUAUAUAUCUUUCUCUCUCAGAGAGGGGUACAGCACCACUGAGAGGGCAACUAGUCAUUUUACUAUCUCUGUGGAUAUCAGAUGGACUUGAGUUAUGAAGCUCAGACCUUUCCAAACCAUGGAUUUUUGUCAACUGUUCCACCUCAAGGCAAAUUAAAGCAGAAGAAAGGUGCCAACAGUAAAACACCAUGGAGAAUACUACUGACACCUCUCAAGAUGUCUUAAAUUUCACACAGAGUGAAGUUCUAAUUAGUAUGCCACAGAACUCAAUUGAAGUGCAAGUUAUAACAAUUGUUCUCGCACUUCUAAUAUGCGGAGUUGGGAUAGCGGGGAAUAUAAUGGUGGUGUUGGUUGUGCUGCGCACCAAACACAUGAUGACUCCUACAAACUGUUAUCUUGUCAGUCUGGCUAUUGCGGACCUUGUCGUCCUUCUAGCGGCAGGUUUACCUAAUAUUUCUGAAGUAGUCGACUCUUGGAUAUACGGUUACGCUGGGUGCCUUUGCAUCACAUACCUGCAAUAUCUGGGUAUUAAUGUAUCAUCCUGCUCCAUCACAGCCUUCACCAUUGAGCGUUACAUUGCUAUCUGCCACUCCAUCAAGGCGCAAUUUAUUUGCACCGUGUCUCGGGCGAAGAGGAUCAUUGCCUGUGUGUGGAUUUUCACCUCGCUGUACUGCACAAUGUGGUUCUUUUUAGUGGACACGAACGAAACCGUCUACGCCGAUGGAGUGGUGGUCAGCUGUGGCUACCGUGUCUCAAGAAACCUCUACAUGCCAAUUUACUUUCUAGACUUUACUUUGUUUUACGUCAUCCCUCUCAUUGUGGCCACUGUACUGUACGGUCUUAUCGCAAAGGUUUUAUUUAUGAGCCCCUUGCCAACCAAUCUCAACGACAGAAGUGAAGGUUCUAUACACCAGGGGCGAUCCACCAGCAACGUGAAGGUGUCGUGCAAAUCGAACAAGGGUGCAGUGACGUCAAGAAAACAGGUUACAAAGAUGCUAGCAGUGGUGGUGAUUCUUUUCGCCUUGCUCUGGAUGCCAUACCGGACACUGGUGGUGGUCAACUCUUUCAUGGACCCACCCUACCUCAACACGUGGUUCUUGCUCUUCUGCCGCAUGUGCAUCUACGUCAACAGCGCCAUCAACCCUAUCAUCUACAACCUCAUGUCUCAGAAGUUCCGGGCCGCCUUCAAAAAGCUUUGCAAGUGCAAGGGCCAAGACCCAGAGAAAGUUACCAAGUACAGUGUGCCAGUGUAUUACAGUGUCGUGAAGGACUCUUCCCGUGAGAGCCAUGCACAGACAGAGCAGGAGGAUGUCAGCAGCUUUGGUAACACUAGUGUUAAGAGUGUCAACUUCACAGAUGACUGUGGGGACACCGGCACUAUGUUCAGCAUUGCCUGACAGAAGGACAAAAUUAAGAGCAGUUCUUUGUGUAAAAUUAGGUUUUAUAAAGGCCAUGUGCGUAGGGUCACCGUUAAUGUGAUGUACAGUAUUUUUACCAUAUGUGUCAAAGUUCAGUACUAAUGUACUUUUUUCUUGUACAUACACUUUGUCAUUUACUGUUGAAAUGUAUUGACCAUCUGCUAUAGUUUACAUUCUUAUACCACAGCCCAAACCUACAGUAUAUCACCUAAUAUUUAGGUAGAGAGUUUCUAGUUAAAAACCCAUUGUCUGCUUGUUAAAAGACAUCCAGUCAACCAAACAAUCUAAAAUAUUGGCUGUAGAACUCAUGAGGGUUGGAGACUAUCCUGAUAUUAAUCUUUGCAUUUUAAUCAGAAACUCAUUCAAACUUCAAACAAAGAGCAGCAGGUGGAUGGACUAGUUAGUCAAUCAAUAACAAUAAUUCAUCAAUGAAGAUCCAGGUAGAAACAUAAACAACAGGACUGCAGCCUCUGAGUUGUGGACUCCUGUCAUUUACAAGAAGUAAAGGCUUGAAUGUCACAUGACUAAUAUCAUCAAAACACCUUCAUGCAGGUUGUGGGUUUGUUGGUUUGUUUGACAUUUUCUUGUUGGCCUCUUGAAACCUCUGAAACUAUUGCGCUCAUCACACUGUACAGUAUCUGUUCUGGUCUAUGUAUGUUGAAGCAUGUAAAUCCUGUAGUAAAAUGUGACAGUGUGGAAGAUGGAAUGUUUUAUUAAUAUAUUGCAUAUAGCUUUUUUACAUUUUCAAAUGCAGCACUUUCUCAUACCGGUUAUAACAAUGUCUAUAACAGUCAUGGCUUUUUGGGGACUUGAUUUUUGUGAUUAAUUUGAGCAAUUCAUUGAAUUAAAGGUGACCAACCAUCA